AAAAAAAUUGCUAUAUAUAAUCACACACAGUGUCACAGUUCAGUGCUCAAGUUCUUUCUCAACCACCAAACUUCACCUCAACACCAUUGCUCCUUUUCACUAACAAAUCAUGUCAUCCACCACCACGGAUUCAGAGUGUGCAUUUCUGGAACAGAUUCAGCAGUAUCUCCUUCACAACGAUUCAACCAUUGUAACACCAUCUCAAGCUUUUCCUUGCCCUAUGCAUGACAGUUCUUCGGAUGCAAGUGUCGACUUUGAGCACCCCACUGAAGCGCGUGAAGUGAACGCGUCGCCCAAGUGGAGGCGUUACAGGGGUGUGAGGCGACGGCCGUGGGGAAAGUUCGCAGCCGAGAUAAGGGACCCUAAGAAAAACGGUGCUAGGGUUUGGCUGGGAACUUACGUGACUGAAGAGGAAGCAGCUAUGGCUUAUGACAAAGCUGCUUUCAAGAUGCGAGGCCGAAAAGCUAAACUGAAUUUUCCACAUCUCAUUGACUCCGAUGUGUCAUCGGAGCCACCAUGUGCGGCGGCUUUGAAGCGGAACUUUCCAGAACCUUCUCCACCGCCACCACCACCAUCGAUGGAUGAUAGUUGUUUUAAGUCACAAGGGUCAAAGAGGAGAAAGAACUUACUAAAUAACUUAGCCAAAAAUAGAAGAAGCCAAGCCAAGGUGGUUGAAAUGGCUUUGGAGGGAAAUGUGGUUGAACAAUGGGUGAAUGAUUUCAAUGAUUGCACUCUAAUCUGGUGUUCCUAGUGUUACUCUUGUUUUUGUAGUUUCAAAAGUCGUUGUUUUUGCUGUGUCAGUGCAGUUCUUGAAACGGUUUUUGCAUAACCUGGGAUACUCAAUUUCUGAUGUUUGUAAACAAUUAUUAAACAUUGAGAAUGUUGAAAAUUUUUCAUUAUAGAAUU